AUGAUGAUGGUGAUGAUGAUGAAGGUCUCUGGUCGCCGUAACUAUGGCAGAUAUGCUGCAUUAGCCUCAGCUGCAGCAGUAGCCACAACAGAGCAGUGCAUCCUGGGAUAUCAGUGGUCGGAGUUCAGGGACAGCACGGCAGACCAGGAAGGCUGGCGCCGCUCGCUCGUUAAACCGUCCGGGGUUUUCAUGAGGGAAUGGCGCAGCUCGUCCCCGGUGCGCGAGAGGACUGUGAUGCGCCCUACUCUUGUUUUGUUGACCAAUCACAGUGACGGGUGGGCGGACCGCUAUGAUGUGACGGACAGCUUGGCUCGAGAGGCGGCAGGAGGGAUCACUAUCAAACUACAGUCUGCUGACGUGAAGUGGUUCGACGAGUACUACCUCAAGCUACGGCCGGAGAAUAACCAACGCAACCCUUGGUUCCCCGAGUUCUGGCAGCACCGGUUCCACUGUCGCCUUAAAGGCCACCCGCAAGACAAUCCCAAAUACAACCGCACCUGCAGCAAGCGCGACUCCCUGCGGCAGCAGUAUGCCCAGGACACUAAGAUGGGCUUCGUGAUCAACGCCAUCUACUCCAUGGCGCACGGCCUCCACAGCAUGCAGGGGGCGCUGUGCCCGGGCGAGACGGGUCUUUGUGCCGCCAUGAGGCCCGUGGACGGCGCCCAGCUGCUCGACUUCCUCAUGAAGACCAACUUCACCGGCGUCUCGGGGGAAGCCAUCCUCUUCGACCAGAAUGGGGACUCGCCGGGCAGGUAUGAGAUUAUGAACUUUAAGAAGAUGGGCAAAGACUACUACGACUACAUAAACGUGGGGAGUUGGGACAGCAGUGGUCUGAAGAUCGAUGACGAGGAGAUCUGGGCGAGCCAAGAUGCCAUCAUCAAGUCUGUGUGCAGCGAACCCUGUGCCAAGGGCCAGAUCAAGGUCAUUCGUAAAGGUGAGGUGAGCUGCUGUUGGACGUGUACUCCGUGUAAGGAGAAUGAGUUUGUGUCUGAUGAAUACACAUGUAGAGCCUGUCUGCUUGGAUCCUGGCCUACACACGAUCUCACCGGCUGUGAGCAGAUCCCCGUGGAGUACCUGCGCUGGGGCGAGCCGGAGCCGAUGGCGGCGGUGGUGUUCUCCUGCCUGGGGCUGCUGGCCACCUUCUUCACCACGGCGGUGUUCGUGGCGCACCGGGACACGCCCGUGGUCAAGUCGUCCAGCCGCGAGCUGUGCUACAUCAUCCUGGCGGGCAUCGGCCUGGGCUACCUCUGCACCUUCUGCCUGAUGGCGCGCCCGCGGGCCGCCCACUGCUACCUCCAGCGGCUGGGCGUGGGCCUGGCGCCCGCCAUGUGCUACUCGGCGCUGGUCACCAAGACCAACCGCAUCGCCCGCAUCCUGGCGGGCAGCAAGAAGAAGAUCAUGACGCGGAAGCCGCGCUUCAUGAGCGCCUGCGCCCAGCUGGUCAUCGCCGCCCUCCUCAUCCUGCUGCAGCUGGCGCUCAUCGUCACGCUCUUCCUGCUCGAGCCGCCCGCCGUCGUGCACGACCACCCCUCCAUCCGACAGGUGCGUCUCGUCUGCAAUACCUCCACCCUGGGAGUGGUGGCGCCGCUGGGCUACAACGGGCUCCUGAUCCUCAGCUGCACCUUCUACGCCUUCAAGACGCGGAACGUUCCGGCCAACUUCAACGAGGCCAAGUACAUCGCCUUCACCAUGUACACGACCUGCAUCAUCUGGCUGGCGUUCGUGCCAAUCUACUUCGGCUCCGACUACAAGACGGUCACCACCUGCUUCUCCGUGAGCCUCAGCGCCACCGUGGCCCUCGGGUGCAUGUUCGUGCCCAAGGUGUACAUCAUCAUCGCCAAGCCCGAGCGGAACGUGCGGAGCGCCUUCACCACCUCCACGGCCGUGCGCAUGCACGUGGGCCACAGCAGCGCCAACACACACUCCUCCAACGCCAGCCGCUCAGGCAGCCUGCUCAACCUGUGGAAGAGGCGCGGGUCGGCAGGGGAGACGCUCAGCUCCAAUGGGAAGUCAGUGACGUGGGCCUCCAACGAGCGCGGCGUCUCCCGCGGCAACCAGCUGUGGCAGCGGCUGUCGUUCCACAUCAAGAGGAAGGAGGCCAAUCAGACGGCUGUGAUCAAGCCCUUCUCCAAAGGCCCCGCCCCUCGGGACACGCCCCCCGACAGCGUCAGCACCAAGAUGCUCUACCAGGUGUCCGAGGACGAGGAGCGUUACCAGGGUUACCAGGCCACGUACCGCCCCCAGGGGGCGCCCAAUCAACCAAUCAGCACCGUCAGCCUGCAGACAGGGGGCGGAGUCGGGGGCGGAGUCGGGGUCGGGGUUGUGGGCGGGCUCGGGGGCGGGUACAUACCCAUGAGCGAAGACGUUUCUACUGGAUGUUCAGCCGGUGUGGGCGGGCCGGGAGGCGGGGUUGUGGGCGUGGCCCAGGGCGGGCGGAUGGCUGGGAUUGGAGGACCCUCUGUUGUGGGCGUGGCCCAGGGUGGCGGGCGGAUGGCUGGGAUUGGUGGAGGGUCGUCCCUGAUGGACCAGAUCAGCUGUGUGGUGAGCAGCUUCACGGCCAACAUCAGCGAGCUGAACACACUCAUGCUCACGCCCUCCUCCCCUCUCCAGCCCUACCUGCUCACCUACGCCCAGAUCCCGCCCCCGCCCCCGCCCCCGCCCCUGCCUCCUCCGCCCCCCCCAGAGGUGCUGGACGAGCUGCUGGCGCUCGCGCCCCCCUCCCCCUUCAGAGACGCCGUGGACGAGGAGGAGGAGGGGGGGGGGGGGUCCGGCAGCAGCGCCUCCUCCUCAAACUCCCCGCCCCCCCACGAGCCCUCACACCACUCCCCACUCUACCAGCGCCUCACACUCAGACACUACAGCCAGAGCUCCUCUUCACUCUGAGCCGGGAGGAGAGAGAGAGG